UCAAAGUUGUCUUUUUCAUAUAUUCAGAUAUUCAAUCACGCGCGGCAGGUCACCAGAAGACCAAUCAGAUUGGUUGAAAAUGCACAAAUUGCAUUAUUCAUGAAGGUAAUUUAAAUCAAUAACAGAUUGAUUCUGUCAGACGGAUAUGGACUCGACGACCACACGUAGGUUGUGCUGUGUGUACGCGCGUCCGUAGCGUGCGGCUAGCUUGACGUACUGGGGAAACCACCCAGGGAUUGUCCCGUGCGCACCGGUCAGUUGUACGGUCGAGGUCCACACUCGUACCGGUCAUCUCCUUGGAAGUGCCGGCUGGAGUCGCCUUGAUGCUGCUCACAGAUCCCCUUUUUGUUGCAUCGUAAACAUGGAUUCGAGGCAGUAUGAACUCUUGCCCAUGAACGGGGCUAAAGUCGAAGAAUCUGACAUGGAAGAAUUUGUUUCCGACAAGGCCUCUCUGAUCGACCCUGCCGCCAAGCCGACGCGGACGGAGAACGCGCCCCUACGCACCCAGCAGUCCAUCGGGCAUGAGACCAUCUUCGGUUUUGAAGGGCUGCACGUCAUCAUCGUGAUGGCCGUGGUCGUGUCGCUGGCCAUCACCGCCGCUAUGGUGAUCACCAUUCUCGUCGGGGAGCCACAGGUUCCACCGCACGGCGCCGUUGCUACGGGCAACCAAGUCUGCUCAGAUGCGGGCGUGUCCAUCCUGCAGCAGGGCGGGUCUGCCGUGGACGCUGCCAUCGCCGCCAUGUUGUGCAUUGGUGUGGUCAACGCCCAAAGCUCUGGCAUUGGAGGGGGUGGGUUUAUGCUGAUCUUAGACGCCGAGGCAGCAGCCUACACAGGAAUCGACUUCCGCGAGACUGCACCGGCCAACGCCAGACUGAACAUGUUUGCAGACAACCCGGGCGCCUCCCUCUAUAGUGGUUUGGCUGUUGGCAUUCCAGGGGAGCUGCACGGUAUGAGGCAAGCAUGGGAGAAGUACGGCAAGUUGAGGUGGAAGCAGCUUUUUGAUCCAGCGAUUGAUUUUGCACGCAAUGGUUUCGAGGUCACUGCGAAUCUGGGAAAGGAACUCGAAACCGUUCCCCUGGCCUUAAUGUCAGACGACCUCAGGGCCGUCUAUGCUCCGACUGGGGUAAGAGUCCGCGAAGGCGACAUGGUCUUCAGAGAAAAUUUUGCCCAGCUGCUGGAUAACAUAGCCGAAAAUGGCAUCCAGGAACUCUACACGGGCUACGUAGCUCAGGAAAUAGUUGAUAUGGUGAAUAACAAUGGCGGCAAUAUGACACUGGCUGAUUUGCAAGGCUACAAGCCCGUAGAAAUGCAGCCCAUCCAAGUUAACUAUCGAGAUUACAAUUUAGUCACCCUACCCCAGCCCAGUGGCGGACCCAUGUUUCUGACCCUGAUGAACAUCAUGGAACUUUUCAACGUCACUGCAGCCAACAAAGAUACCAGUCUUUACUACCAUCGCUUUAUUGAGGCCAUGAAGUUUGUCAAAGCUGAAGAGAUAGGACUGGGAGAAUCGGCAAUCGCCAACUACAGUCAAAAUAUGAUCAGCAAACGAAAUGCCAAACUCCUGCGUGCUAACAUCACUGAUGACACGACGCACCCACCAGACUAUUACUUCUCCUUUGCCCAAGGCAUACUGAGGACUAAGGGUACCAGUCAGAUAUCGGUCAUUGAUAGUGACAACAACAUGGUAUCCGUGACAACGUCAGUCAACAUGGCGUUUGGUUCACUGCUGAUGACGCCCAGUGGUGUGGUUUUGAACAACCAGAUGGACGAUUUUGAUUGGCCGGGAAAAAGCCUAACGUACAACAGCAGCAAGUCUAACUACAUCGCGCCUGGCAAGCGCCCCCAGUCGCACAUGUCCCCCGUCAUGGGUCGCAACACCACCACUGCCUGCUCGCGACGCUUCGCCACGGGAGGGGAGGGCGGUAAAUACAUCACGGCGGCCGUGGCCAACGUGGUCAUGGAGUUGCUGGGGUUCCAGUCGUCGCUAGUCAACGCCUCAGCGCCGCUUAAACGGGUCUUCGCGACGCUAAUUCCGGACAAAGUCAUCGUCGAAGAGGACGUCUCAGACAAAAUAGUAGCAGAUUUACAAGCGAAGGGACACAACGUCGAGGUGUGGACGAGCGAAAAAGGUUUAUUCAAUGCGGUCCAGAGUGUCAUGAAAGAAAACGACAUCAUGUACGCCGUGUCGGAUCCGCGGAGGGAGGGCGGGGGCGCCAGCCAAUAUUGACGAAGGUAGUCUACGUUGAAGUACGCAGUAUUCUAACCUCUGACCCCUAUUUACUCCGUGCACAAACUGUAGAUGACGCCUUUCGGUUUUUAAGGGUAAUUAUUAUUUUGUUUAUGUAAGGAAUAUAUAAAUGCAUGUACAUAUGUUAUAGAAAUUUAAAGAGCGACUCACAACUUCCACACAUUUGAUUGUGACCAACUCUUAUUUAUUAUAAUCUUUGAAAAUCUUGAGAUGCUUUUUUAAAACAGGGUUAUUUCUGAUUCCAAAAAUAGUAAGAUGUGAGUUAUGGGAAAAUGAUGCACAUCUGUACACUUCAAGUUUUGA